AUGCAUAUUUGUAUUGAAACAUACUAUCGCUCCAUCAUCUCGUUGGAAAGUAUUCACUUGAAAAUCAUUGUAAAAAAGCAAGCAUAUUCUGCAGAGGGUACGAAAAGCAUGAGUGACUCUCUCAAAGCAUAUCUGGAAAAGCACUAUAUGGAUGCUCCUUCCUCUUCCAAACUCCAAGCUAUUAAUAAACCAGGUUAUACCAAUAUCAAAAAAAAGUCCAAAAAAUCUUCCAAGCUACUUGCAGGCCAACCACUGCAUUCUUCUACGGUUGUUAUUGAUGAAGAUCCGGAAUGGGAAACUCCAGUAUCUAAAACACAAGCCCGUAAAAAGUCUCGAUAUUCUAGUACGUUUGACAAUGCAUCUGGAUUUGAAAAUGAUGAUGAGCCCAUGGUAGCGGAAGUCAAUGACCUUAGUGCUCGUUUCAAGACUCCUGAAUCCAGUGGAUGGGUGACUGUUCAAGAAGUCAAAGUGGAUCCAGAUCUCUUACAAAAACACACAUCUUCACCGCAAUCUCGUCGUAGCGGUAGAUCAACAGAUUCUAAAGACAGAGUAUCCAAUAGUCAGAAACAGCGACGACCAUCUCCACCACCCUCUUCUGGAUCAGACAACGAAGAUAAAGCCAUUACACGUCGUAGUCGUCGUGCUUCUCCGUCGUCAUCACCUCCAGCUUCAAGGUCUCGACCAGAUUCAAAGACAGAUGCUACAAAAACCAUGUCAGAUGGGACACGCGCUGGACUACAAACAGGAGAUGCUAUUCGACAGCACUACGAGCAGGAGGACAGGAAACGACAAGCUUAUUUGUCUGAGCUUUCUGAAAAAGAUCUAGGCCGUACUGCAGCCACUAUAUACAGAGACAAGUUGGGUAAAAAGGUAGAUCCUGCAGCACAGAAAGCAAAAAUGCUUGCCGAACGACGUCGCAAGGAGGCUGAAGAGGAAGCACGCAUGCAAUGGGGAAAGGGUCUUGUUCAGCAAGAGGAGCAAGCCGAGCUAGCCAAACGCAUGCUUGAAGAACAAAAUGCACCUUUAGCUGUUUAUGUGGAUGACAAACAGUUGAAUGAUCAGCAAAUGGCUAGAGAUAGGUGGGGAGAUCCUAUGGCAUCUAUGGUUCGUAAGGAUGCUGAUGGUACAUUUGAUAAAUCUGGGAAACUAAAGCGACGACGAAAAAAGGUAUACAAAGGUCCGACUCCAGCACCCAAUCGAUAUGGAAUUGCACCAGGAUACCGCUGGGAUGGAGUGGAUCGAUCUAAUGGUUUCGAGGUAAAAUAUUUUCAACAAAAGCACUCUCGCUCUAUUAUAGGCGAAGCUGCUUACAAAUGGUCGACCGAAGAUAUGUGA